AGCAGAGAAUUGAAUCAACUCAAUUAUUGAUGAGAGAUGGAAAAGGUGAUAUUAUUAUUGCUGCUCUUCUCUCUCAACUCUCAACUAACCAUGGGAGAAGGAACUGUAACAACAACAACAGGACGUAUUAAAAAAGUCUGCACUCAGAUACUCAACCUUGACAAACAAGUCAAACCUCUUGGCGCCGAUGAUGAGAAAGCCAUUCUUAAAUUGCUUGGAUGUGAGACGAGGACUUAUAGCACGAAUUGUGAAAUUGAUCAAAGUGGAUCAGAUAGCGUUAUUUGCGACUGCGGUCUCGAUAAGGAUGUUUGCCGGGUGAUAGCAAUUGGUUUUUCAGAUCGGAAUUUGGAUGGUCCAUUACCAGAAAUAAUUGGAAGCCUUACAAAUUUAACAUUGAUAAUGUUGCUUUCGAACAAAUUUUCUGGCGAGAUUCCAACAUCAUAUGCAAAUUUAAAAAAUCUCGAACAUUUGAAUCUUCGUGGCAACAAAUUGGAAGGAUCAAUACCCCCAUUUCUUGGUGAUAUGAAGUUGGAUUUUUUGGAUCUGUCUGAUAAUUCAUUUAGCGGUCCAUUUCCAACUCAGUUGGCUUCCCUAAAAAGUCAUCUGACACAUCUGGAUCUAUCUAAAAAUUUAUUCAGUGGUUCAUUUCCUACUCAACUGAGUUCCCUUGUAAAUCUAAAGUAUUUGGAUCUAGCUGGUAAUUCAUUUGAUGGUCAAAUUCCACCUCAACUAAACUCCCUUGUAAAUCUAAAGUUUCUGAAUCUAUCCUCUAAUUUAUUUAGCGGUUCAAUUCAAACUCAAUUUGGUUCCCUCGCAAAUCUAUCAUGGCUGGACCUUAGUAACAAUAACCUCUCUGGUCCUCUGCCCGAUAAGCUUGAAAAUCUUCUUCUUCUUGAAUAUCUCAAUGUUCAAGGGAACAACUUGAGUGGACCAAUCCCAGAUUCCAUUGGACAACUAAGCCUCACAUAUUUGUAA